UCUUCACUUUUUCACUUUGAGAGAAGACUUCAGGGAAGAAGCAGCUCGGUGAAUUCCUGCUGCCCGGAAUUUUUCCAAUAGUUUUGAAUUGUACUUUCGAAAAUUUUCAAAAAUCGGUCGCAUCUUAUCAUUUGUUUCUUCCGAGCGAUAUGUCGACAUCAAAAAUGCUUGACAGCCCGAAUCGGUCAACAUCGAGUGAUAUGUCGGAAGAUGAAGAUGAAGGGAUGUUCGUGUGCGAGAAAUGCAAUGAAAGAUUUCCUGGCAAGUUUGACCUUGAUGUACACGAGGUCACGUCUCACACUACUAGAGGCAUGUCUCGGCAUUCAGGAAUUCAAAAGAAUUAUGUUAAAAAGGUGUAUCUGUUUGCGUGUGAUAAAUGCAAGGCGCACUGCAAGACUAAAAAUGCUUUGGACUUGCACAAAAAAAAGUUUCACACCAAAAACAAAAUGAUUCCUACUACAAAGCCGAACAAUAAGGAGCUGUCUGGAAGGCGAAAGAUUAUGAAAGGUACGGUUUUUAAUGAUUACAGCUAUUUUUUAAAGCCCCUCGUCUCUUAUUUCUUUAUUAUAGUUCGAUUUGCAAAAAUGCCCACUGUCAAAAAGACACAAGAGAAAACAGGUAAUCGUUUUCGAAUUAAUGGUCAAGCAAACUUGACAAUACACAUAGAUUCUCAUGUUUUUUUUUACUUCCUAAUGCUAGUCCUAGUUUGCGACCAAUGUAAACGUCGUUACACUAGGGCCGAUCAUUUCUCAAAACACAGAUACAGGGUCCACCAAAUUGGACAAGAUUGCCACUCUGGAAAAACGGUCAAUGUUGAAAAGCCAAAGCCGAGAAUUAAAAAAGAAAAAUUGGCGGUUGAUCAAACUGGGCAAGAUCGUUCUGGAAAUGCAUCCAUAGCUGGCAAUCCUCAAGGAAGUGGUGCUAAUGGACAACACUCUGUCGUCACUAUAAGAAUCAAGAAGGAAAUUCCUGAAGAUGCUAUGCCUUUUAAAUGCGACAAAUGUGGAAUAGCCUUCAUCCACCAAGUUUCGCUGGGUGCACAUAAAUGCAAGAAUGCAAGAGCUGAAAAAAGAAGGCAAGUGCAAAAAGAAUAUUCGUGCAGGCGUUGUGGUGAGAAGUUCGAACAUUCGGAGGCAAGGAAUCAACACUGGAAGACGAUGCAUUUUGGUGGAAGCCAGUUCUGUUGCAUAAUCUGUAAUAUCGACUUUACUGAAAACGACGCCUUGAUACAGCAUCUGCAACGAGAUCAUACAAUGACUCGAGAUUUUAAAUGUGCUCAGUGCAACUUUUCUUUCUUUGAGGACAAAGAUUUGCACAUACAUAUGCGCCAGGCACACCGACAGCCAAGAUCUGAAUCACAAGCUGCGAAGUUUCGACUUUUGAGUCCGGCAAGUAAGACUGUUGCGCUCAAAAAGAUUAGAAUGGAGAGGGCGGAACGCACUCGCGCGUUAAAACAGGAGUCUAAAAACCGCUAUGCACAAAGAGCAACGAGAAAUCGUAGUUUCACGACGUCUAGACGAAGGAGGAGGAGGAGGCAAAAGACUAAAUCCAUAGCUAGUUCCGUCAAACUUGAGCUUGACGACACGGCUCCCAAGAAGGACGUUUUGGUUAAAGUCCCCGAGGAGCCUGUCACUAAAGCCCCCGAGGAGCCUGUCACUAAAGCCCCCGAGGAGCCUGUCACUAAAGCCCCCGAGGAAGUUGUCACUAAAGUUCCCGAGGAUCCUGUCACUAAAGCCCCCGAGGAAGUUGUCACAAAAUCCCCCGAGGAAGUUGUCACAAAAUCCCCCGAGGAGCCUGUCACUAAAGCCCCCGAGGAAGUUGUCACUAAAUCCCCCGAGGAAGUUGUCACUAAAUCCCCCGAGGAGCCUGUCACUAAAGCCCCCGAGGAAGUUGUCACUAAAGCCCCCGAGGAAGUUGUCACUAAAGCCCCCGAGGAAGUUGUCGCUAAAGCCCCCGAGGAAGUUGUCACUCAAGCCCUGGAAGACCCUGUCACUCAAGCCCCCCAGGACACUGUCGUUCAAGCUCCCAAGGACCCUGUCACUCAAGUCCCUGAGGAUUCUGCCACUAAAGGCAUCGAGGAUUUUGUCGCCCAAAUCGCCAAAGAAGCUGUCGACCCAGGCUUCAAUGAGGUUGUCGAAUCCCACGGAGAUAUUUCCUUCAUGCUAUUUCUGGACGACUUUCAACCCAAAGACACGUUUCUUUGAAAACUUAUAAUUCAAUUUCAAAUUUUUAUUUCAAAA